AUGAAAACGAAACUAUUCAAUACAUUUAAAUUCCGGGCUAUGAGUGUGUCAAGAGCAAAAGUUGAUAUCUUGCAAGAAUCAGGAGAAUAUCGAGGAUUAUAUUUUUCAACUGAAGAUAUGCGGCAGGAUAUGGUACAAUAUCCUGAGAUUGUAUUUAUUGACGGAACAUACAAUCUUUUCAAAAGAUGUUUAACCCUUAAGCUAAUCGUCGUUGAAAAUGCUCAUGGAGAAACUAAAAUAGCCGGAGUUGGAAUGCUGGAAAAUGAACAGCGUGAGACCAUUAAAUGGUUUAUAAAUUGUUUUAAAAAUUCGAACAUUGAUGCCAUUUCACGCAUUCGAUCAUUCAUAACCGAUAAAGAUCUUACAGGAAGAAAUGUAAUUGCUGAAGUUAUUCCCAACGUUCCGAUGUAUCUAUGUAUGUAUCAUACAUUACGAACGUUCGGGCGUCAAGUGCUGACUCAAAGCAUGAGCUUUUCAACUGAAAAUCGUGAUUCUUCUUUAAAAUUGCUGGAUAAUCUAGUAAAAAGUAAAACCGAAAAGGAUUACAACAGUAGUUAUCAAGAGCUUUAUAGAACCGCCGCACCUCAAGUUAUUGAGUACUUUAAUAAGAAUUGGCAUCCAAUACGAAAAGAGUGGAGUUUAUUCAGUAUGGUUAAUGGGAAUUUAGGCAAUACUACUAAUAAUCGGCUUAAAUCAUUAAAUGGAAAAAUAAAAGAUUGUAUUCAAAGACAUUGUACAAUGGUGGACUUUACGAAAGCUUUUUUUCAGUUCAUUCACCACCGCCAAUACGAAUCAGAUCAUAAAAGGGCAAAUGAAUUUAUGAAGAAAAGUGUGGUGCCCUUAUCAUCAACUGAAGAUGAAAUAAAAUAUGAGAAACUCUUAUCCGGUUAUGCUUUCUCCCAAGUAAAAAAAGAAUUGAUAUCAAGUUCGUUAGUAAGUCUUGUGUUAAAAGAUGAAAAAGAAAAAAAACAUUUUUCUUCAUACAAUGAAGAUAAUAUUAUUGUCACUCUAUCUGAAUGCCAAUGUGUAUUUUGGACAUCAAUGAUGCUCCCAUGUAAGCACAUAUUUGCAGUUCGAAAAAUCAAUAAUAUUUCGUUAUUUGAUUCAGAGUUAUGUGCUAACAGAUGGUUUACUGACAAUAACUUUAUGAGACAAACAUUGUCAAUUAAAUCGAUUGAAAAGUCAGUAACAUCUCAAAGUUUUUGCUCCAUAUCAAUAGUGAUAAGUCCGAAAAAACUAUCAGCACAACAAAAAGAAUCCAGAUUGAAGCCGUUACUAAAUGAAAUUUUUCAUACUGUUAUUAACUCUUCUCAAGAAACUUUUGAGUAUUCAAUGAACACACUGAGAGAGCUGCAACAUCAUCUCCGGCAAAAUAAACAACUCGCAAUAAAUAAUAACGAUAUCAAUGAACCCGUAUCAAAGCUGGUCUCAACUAGUUUAAAUAAAGCAUAA